GGAAUUUUCAUCAGAGAGGAGAGAAGCAAUCCGCCCAGUCCAACACCUGCACCCCCUUCGACUCCGCGCAGAGCAAAAGCCCUGCCGCACAGUGCGAUGACUGUGUCCGUGACCCAUGGCCAGACAACCACGACCACUACUCAUCCUCAUCCCACUGCCACCGCCAUGGCCAGGCCCACGAGUCCGGGCAACUCCAGUGGCUCCGAGACGGAUCAAGUCACCGGAACGGCUCUCAGGAGACUCUACUUCAAGAGCGGACGCCACCCGAGAACCAGAGGACCCGCAGUACCAAAGGUCGUCGUCAUGGGUUCGUCAACAACAUCAAACUCUGAGGCAACAAUCAACACUUCCACUGAGAGUGCAUCCACUCUCAUGACCAACGUCACGGCGACAGACACAGAGACGUGUGAUUCUCUCGACUUAGGAGACACGUCUGGAUUGAUGGAGCCACUGCUGAGCAGUUUGGAUGAGGCGCCGGCGACAGCAAUCGCCCAGACGUCGCCGCUGACAAAUGGAGCGGCGGAGGAAUCGCGAAAGGAAGGCGCAGAGGUCGGUAAAAUCUCACCCCCCGUUCCGGACCCUCCUUUGUUGCUCAAUUACGACGAGGAUGCGUCGAAUCUGCCCAAAACGGCACCGGUGACUUCUCAGACUCGCUUCCCCUUUGACAGACCACCAUCGCCGAGGAGUGUGAGGACACUGGAGAAGAAUCAGCCCCUCUUCACCUUUGAAGAGGAGUCCAGUGAGAAUUCGGAAAAGCCCGAGAAGGUUCACAAUGAACGAAUGGCACUGAAAGACAAGUAUAUCCUGGGGAAAAGAAUGAGCGCGAAAAAGCGCUUUGGUCAGACUGACUCCACGAUGUUUCCAUUUGACCGAGAAGCCCUGGAUUACGAGAGGAUCCAGAGAGAGUGCUUUGCAUUGGAGGAAGAGACAAAGUUCCCUUUCGACUCAGACGCGCGAGGAUAUGAUUCUUCGGACAGUCCGCUUAGGGAAUCCAAGAGGUCGGACAUUGAAUUGAAGGACAGAAGGAAGUUCGAAGCGCCUCAAGAUGUCUUCCAGCACUAUACAUUGCUGGCACAGCAAGAGAGUAUGAUGCAGUAUCCAGAAUCCACGCCAAAACCCGUGAGAAGAUCCAUGAAAAGGAUGAAUCCGGGAAACUUCUCAGCAAAGUAUGACGCUUUCUCUCCGAAAAAUGAUCACGCAAAGACACAAGAUCAUUCGGGAAUGUCGAAAUUUGAUCAGAUCACUAGCAAAUUUGAUCAAAUCCCACCAAAAGGAGAGUCCAGCAGUCCCUCAGGCGCCCAUGGAACUCCGUUGCCCGAUCUUCGGGUGGACUUCUUCGCUGAGGAGCCCGCGAGUCGUGAUGACGUGGAUCUGGACGAUUGCCAGAAGAUCAUACAGCGUGGCGACGCUAUAAAUGUCACGAGCAAUCCGCUCGAUUCGGCAGUUUGUACUCAACCACGAGCCACGAUCGUUGUGCAGCAAGCGUCGCUGAGCUUGGACAACACAGUGGAGACGUUCCUCCUGAAGCACGAGACGGACUUUGUUAGUGUGGAGCAGGGCAAGGAAUCGCGACAGAAGAAGAAGCAACAGCGCGAGGAGAACAUGAGGCAAUUGCUGGAUGUCACCAACACGCUCACGUCCGAGGAGAUUAGGGACUUUGAAAUGAGAUACGGUUCGCCCCAUCACAGCAGGUCGCAAUCAGUGAAGACGCCGGGCAGCAGGGCUUCCGGACGCCCCAAUCAGCUGAGUCUCCCUCAGCAGCGCUCCCGAGUUGCCUCCAUGCCCAACACUGGAGUCGAGGAGGAGUAUUACAGACUAAGGCAUUUCUCCAUCACAGGAAAAGGCGUGGUGAAUCGCGGCGAUUCGCUGAAGAGUCGCCGAAGUCGAUCCAACAACAGCGUGGCUUCCUCAAACUCAAGUACUGAACACUUAACUGCUAACGCGGCAGUUGUGACGAGCACAGUUGCGGGCGGUUCGGCCAAAACCUCCGCCACGGCUAGCUUGGCGUCGAGCCGCGAGAGCAGCACUUCGAACCCAGGCAGCGGCCCUUACAGAGUGCUGAUGCUGGGCGCGACAGCGGUGGGCAAGAGUUCGCUCGUGUCGCAGUUCAUGACUUCGGAGUACCUGCACGCCUACGACACAAGCAUAGGGAGAAGUCGAGUUAGAAUUAAAAUCGAAAGAGUUCCAGAUGAUGAUGACGAAUCUGGCGAGAAGUCUGUCUCUGUUCUGCUCAGUGGUGAGGAAUCCGAAUUGAUCUUCAUCGACCACGCUUCGACAGACAUGUCGCCGGAAAGUUGCCUGUCUUCGUAUGAUCCCCAUGGAUACUGUGUCAUCUAUUCAUCGGCGGAUCGUUGUAGCUUUAUGGUGGCCGAAAGAGUCCUCCAAGGAUUGUGGACGUCUGAAAACAUCGCACAAAAAGCAGUGAUUCUCGUGGCAAACAAGGCGGAUUUGGCUAGAAGUCGAGUCGUCUCAUCUGAAGAGGGAAAAGCCAUGGCAACAGCCUAUGACUGCAAAUUCAUCGAGACUUCCGUGGGAAUCAAUCACAAUGUGGAUGAACUGCUGGUGGGACUUCUAUCGCAGAUUCGUCUCAAGUUGGAGAAUCCCGAAAAAUCGAGGGAUCUGUUCAGAAAGCGUUCGACGAGGAAGUCCAAGAGAAGAGCCUGUUCACCACUCGGUGUUGCGGCCACAGCCUGUCUGACUGGCAGUGGGGGCACAAAUCCGGGAACUCCUGUCUCGCUGGGACCCACCACAACUGGCCAUGACUACCAGACGCCUCCGGGCAGCGCACACAGCUCUCCCAGGAAGUACCGAGGCUCCAGGACGUCCACUAGUCUGAAGGUGAAGGGUCUUCUGGGUCGCGUGUGGGCGAGAGACUCCAAGUCCAAGAGCUGCGAGAAUCUUCACGUGCUGUAGAUACAAAAUUCCUUACAAUCACUCCACUGGACCACAGAUUCAUCAACGCUCAUUUCAUUGUCAUCCUGCAUCGCUCAUUGAUGAUUCCACGAAUUUGUCCAUCUCGGCAACGCGUUAAUCUCAAUUGCAAGUGAGAUGUUUUGAUGUAGAACUAGUAUUUUGUAGGUGAAGUUCUUAGAUCUUUAAUCAAAUCAUUUUAAAAUUUGAAUGUGAGACAUUUUAAUCUUUUAAGUGUACAAGAGAAUAAGUAUCAUUAGAAGUUGAGUGUUAAUGUUUAAGAAUCGUCCCGGUUUUAAGAAUUACAAGAUUAUUAUCAUUAAAUCGUUGAAGGAUAUCAAGAUUCAGAUCAAGGUCAAGCUAUAGCAGUAGAAAAAUUAAAAGAAGAAUUUUAUAUCCCGAAAGUAAUUAAGUUAUAAGUUUACUAUUUAAGAUUUUUUAUAUCCUUUUUCUUUUGUAAAAAUGAUUUUUAUAUUUACCAACUAUAGUUGCUUUACUGAAGUUUCUUUAAAAUACCCGUUAUGAACUGAUUAUUUGGUAUGUUGUUGACAAAUGGUGUCUUUUUUACGUGUGAUUAAGAUAUAUUUUAUUGGAAGAGAAAAAAAGUAUUGUUUCUUUUAUUUUAACACGUCUGCACAGAAAUUUACUAAUAUUUAUUCUGCAAGAAAAUCAAAGUGAAUUAAAUCAAAUGACAAACUGCCCAUUUUUUCCCGAAUUGCACCCUCGUGUGGAUAAACUUCUGUGGCUUGAACCCCCUUUGUUUUGGAUAUUGAAAGGGACCAAAAAGCAAGUUUUCCUUUCUGUCGUCACUUGGCAAUUUUCCCAGGUCUUCAGCAAGUUUUUCCACACAGUUCCGAGUUUUAGCUGUUUAACUGAAGAAUCGAUAAAAUAUGUUACUGGGUCCAUUUUAAUCACAAAAAUUUGCAUGUCUAAACGUUUCUCUCGUCUUGAAUUUUUCCUCCCGAAAGUGAGUAGAAAAGUCCACACGAAUUUUAAUCGUAGAUGACAAAAAUGGAAUAUCAAAUGAUAAAAGCGUAACACUAGAUUUUAAGGAUUUCUUCUCUGUCAUUUUUGCCAGAGAAUUUUUGACCCCCUCAAGAUGACUGGGGACUUUGAUGUCGUACUGUUGCCCUGAGAAAUUGUUCAAUUUGCAAACCCUCUCCGGUUCCGAGAGGCCCGAUUAUAUAAGAUUUAUCACGAAUGUUUAUUGAAAAAGAGAUAAAACCGUGCCUUUUCGUUUUUUCCCAAAACCAUUUCGGUUUUUGAGUGCGUCGCACGCAUAUCCAAAGUGAAACGGCCGAUAGGCGACGUUUCAGUGCCAAAAGACGCUCGCUCGAGUGGAUAAUGGUUGGUCGGAGGAGAAAUUUUUGGAAGCAAUAUCUUCACAGAUUUUCACUCUUUUCCUGGCACUCCUAAGAAAAUUUCUCGUCCACUUAUAUCGGUGUUGUUGAGGAGCAAAGAAUGCGUGGUGAACAAAAUAUUCUGUGUUCGGAAAAGUCGGGUAAACAAAUGUCUAAAGCCACAAAGCAAAUCAAAAAAGAGCAAAGACAACACAAAAUAUUACCACAAGAGACACACAAUUAACAAGAUAUAAUGUUAAAUUAACAAUGCAGAAAUAUACAUAUGUGUAUGCAAUAUUAACCAUAAAAUAUUCAAUUCUAAUCCCUGUGUUCCAUUACUAAGUGUUUCUCAUCAAUAUACAUUUUCUGUGUCACAAUUAAUGUUUCUCUGUCUAUGUUUAAAGAAGUGAUUAAUAUUAAGUAGUAAUUACAGAAAGAGUGUUCACAACACUCUUACCCAGAGAAAUACUCAACAAUGCCAUAAAUACGACCCUUUAAGACAACUUUCAAAACUACAUACAUAUAUAUUGAAUAUAAAUUAAAUGAUGAAAGAUGCACACUGGAAUUUGAACAAAUGUAAAUGAGAAAGACACCCUCGAGGAUGUGUAAUAA